GUUCAGUGACAGUGCGGAUUGUUGUUUGUUGUCAUCAUCAAGAUGGAGUUUUUACUGGGGAACCCGUACAGCACUCCAGUGGGGCAAUGCAUAGAGAAGGCCACAGAUGGCUCUCUUCAGAGCGAGGAUUGGACCCUGAACAUGGAGAUCUGUGACAUCAUCAAUGAGACAGAGGAAGGACCGAAGGAUGCCAUCAGGGCGUUGAAGAAGAGGCUGAACGGGAACAGGAACUUCAGGGAGGUGAUGCUGGCGCUGACGGUGCUGGAGACGUGUGUGAAGAACUGCGGACACCGCUUCCACGUGCUGGUGGCUAACCGAGACUUCAUCGACGGCGUCCUGGUGAAGAUCAUCUCCCCCAAGAGCAACCCCCCCACCAUCGUGCAGGACAAAGUGCUGGCCCUGGUUCAGGCCUGGGCAGAUGCCUUCAGGAGCAGUCCUGACCUGACUGGCGUGGUCCAUAUUUAUGAAGACCUCAAGAGGAAGGGCAUUGAGUUCCCCAUGGCUGACCUGGACGCCCUGUCUCCCAUACACACCCCACAGAGGGGUGUUCCUGAGGUGGACCCUGCCACCCAUAAGUACAAGACGGCUUCCCCCCCGCCACCCCAAGCCCCCACCCCCGUCGCUGCCCCCCCACAGCCUUCCGCCUAUGCCCCGCCUCAGAUCCCGCCCCUCCAAGUCUCAGGCGCCAUCACCGCCAACGCUGAACAGGUCGCCCGUUUGCGCAGCGAGCUGGACGUCGUGCGCGGGAACACCAAGGUGAUGUCAGAGAUGCUGACGGAGAUGGUCCCGGGACAGGAGGAACCGUCUGACCUGGAGCUUCUGCAGGAGCUGAACCGGACCUGCCGGGCCAUGCAGCAGCGCAUCGUGGAGCUGAUCUCCCGCGUCUCCAACGAGGAAGUCACCGAGGAGCUGCUGCACGUCAACGACGACCUCAACAACAUCUUCCUGCGAUACGAGAGGUAUGAGCGAUACCGUUCCGGGAGGGCGGCUCAGAGCGCCAAUAAUGGGAUGCUGAGUGAGGCGACGGAGGAUAACCUGAUCGACCUGGGCCCCGGGUCACCCGCGGUGGUCAGCCCCAUGGUCAAUGCCACGGUCAGCGCCCCGGUCAGCACCGCGCUCCCGGCUGCCCCCGACCCUGCCCCAGCCCCCGCCCCAGCCCCAGCCCCCGCCCCGGCCCCGGCCCCUACCCCUGCCCCCUUGGCCACGCCUGCCUCCCUCUCCACACAGCUGGCUGGACUCGAUGUGGGUGGAGAAAGCGUGACUGGCACCCUGAGCUCCCUGCCCAACUGUAACCCGCCUGAUGACUUCGACAUGUUCGCUCAGACCAGGAACAGCUCUCUGGCCGACCAGCGAAAGAAUGUGAAGUAUGAGGACCCUCAGGCCCUGGGUGGCCUGGCUGCAGCGCUGGACGUUAGACAGCAGAACACCGGAGGGGUUUUUUUGUUGUUGAUUCAGUCAAGGGUAAAAGAUGGUAACGCUGAGCUGGAGCCUAUAGACAGCUGGCUUAUUACCCAAGGAAUGAUUCCCGUUGAGCAGUCCUCUGUCAUGGACGAUAUAGAGGAGUGGCUUUGUACCGAUGUGAAAGGUGAUGACACUGAAGAAGGAGUUACGAGUGAAGAGUUUGACAAGUUUUUGGAAGAGAGGGCCAAGGCUUCCGAGACGACCCUACCGUCACCCCCUGGUGGAGACCCCGCCCCAUUGGGCGCCCCUCCCGGUGCCCCGCCUGGCUCCGCCCCCAACAGCGCUCGCAAGAAAGCCGAGAGGUCGGAGGACACCCUCUUUGCCUUGUAGAAUCUUCCGGAGGAGAACCAUCACCCAUCACCCCUCCCCCCACACUCUACCCCUCCUCACCACUCCCCCACUGCCCCCGGCCCCAUCCUGGAGUCAUCUAUCCCUUCUGCCCCAGCACACAGAAACUCUUCCCCACCCUGCAGAACAGCCCCUGCCCCUACAUACAUCUCCCACCCCCCCCCCCCCCCCCCCACCCUCCAUCCCUGGGGCAGGGGGGGUGCGUAGGCCCAUAAGGUCAGCUCUACACGCUACACCCUGCUCUCCUGCAUUCUGACAUCACCAAGCCUAUCGGGGGCGGGUCCAAAAGCCCGUCAGGGGCGUGUCUAAAGAGCCCUAAGGGGCGUGUGUCUGAAGCACCGAACAGGGGCGUGUCUGAAGGGCCUGCCACGGGCUGGUCUGAGGAGCCUGUCAGAGGUGUGGCUAAAGCACCUUGUCAGUGGCGUGUCUAAAGAGCAUGUCCAGGAGGAUGGGGUGGAUCCCACUCCUGGUUGGCCCAGCGCUUACUCCUGUUGCUAAAGGUGGGUGACCCGGCGCUUUGCGAGAGGGCUUCUCCUGUCGUCGUGGCCUUCUCUCUCUGCUGCGCGCUCUGCGCUCACAGUGGCCACGGUGGGCAGGGAGCAGGAAAGACGCGCUGGAUUACUUUGACCGUACAUAGUGUUGUAAGUUGUUUUCGUUUUGGUUGGGUUUUUUUUACUGUAAUUAUUAUUUUUUUAAAUUACUGACAUAUUGUCUGCCUAAAUCUGUCCCUAUUUUACAUGUAUAUCCCAGUGUAGAUUUCCCACCUAACCCAUGUCUCUCUGUGAAUGAUGUUUUAUUUGAUAUUCUGUGUAGCAGUUUUAACAAAAUUAAUUGUAAAGAGCUGUUGCAGAGCGCAUUUCAAUUAAUUUUAGUUUGCGGGUGUUUGCAUUUCCGUAAAUGUACUUCUUUCUUUUGUUAAAAAAAGUAUAACUGGGGCAUUCCUGUUAAAAAACAAGGACAAAAACAAGGGAUUAUGGGAGAAGAGCUCAGUGUGUCCAGAGUUUCCAGUCCGGCUCCAGAUUGGCUACUGUACAUGAGGUCCAGGAACUGUGGUGGGCCAUAUUUGGCGGAAAAAAGGGAAUGUUAAAAAAAUGUCUGUUUCCUGUUUUGCCUUUUUUGUUCUUCAGGACAUCUCUGAGGUCACUUCCUGUGUUUCGACGGGUGCUCAGUGUGUUUGAGGGUGGUUGGGAUCCCAUCGGCAGGCUUUCCUUGUUGGCAGUGCACAAGACAAAUGUGGCAGGGCUCAGGCUGGCAGAGGACAUUGCGGCCACACACUUAACACAAGUUGCGGUAACAAGUCAUCCCAGGGUUUAAAAGUGUGCCUCUUUUCACUGUAGGUGGCUGAAACUGGGAAUCCGCUUGCCUGUAGCCUGGUGGUUAAGGUACAUGACUGGGACCCGGAAGGUUAGUGGUUCUGGUUUCGAGCCCCGGUAUAGCCAUGAUAAGCUGGACAGCUGUUGGGCCCUUGAGCAAGGCCCUUAACCCCACAUUGCUCCAGUAACGUUCCGUCACUGGAUUAAAAAUUCCCUUAAGUUACUUUGGAUAAAAGCGUCAGCUAAAUAACAAAUAUUUGUUUUUACGUAUGAGAACAAGGAAAGCAGAAACAAGCUGUAAAGCUGAGAAGCUGAAAAGAGCUCUGAGCUCAGAUGGGGAAGCUGGCCAAAGCCCUAUACAUCCCUGCCAUAAGGGCUGCAGGUGGGCUAAUUUGGUUAAGGCACAACAUGGUGGAUGGAUGAGUGACAUGGCCCCUGUGGGACCGAAUUUUUUUUGCCGACUGGUCGGUCACCCUUAGGGCGAUUGCGUUGGUUUGGGGUCUGCAUGUCAUCGCUAUCUAUUGAUCCCUGUGGUCACCCAUGGACUGCAUGUUUAAGCUAAAUAUGAAAAAGGUCUUCCUCCGACUCCACUCUGUGAGCUUAGCUGUAGUCCAUGGUGUGAAAAGAAACGCUCUGGGCUGAUUUGUUCGAUUUCACAACGCAGGAGUGUGUGCUUACCUUCCCCCCAGAUUGCCCCAAUUUCCUCUGUCAGACCGAGCCUUGCCACAGUUAACUAUUAUAUUAAUCAGCUAAUCAAAAUAGUGAUGGACAUUAUUAUAAGCACAACCAAUCUGUGGUCUGUUCCUACUAAACUUGCCUACCUUUGUCCUUUAGAUGAAAGGCUGUUCCAUUGAAACCAUCCUGGUAGGGAUGCAAAUCAUCCAGUGUGCUAGUUCACUAGUGUGUUGACUUUGUGGCCGUCGCAUGCUCUAAACAUCAGCUAGAACUGGACUUCCCGUACUACAUUUCUCCACUGUUUGUAUGUAGGUGUGCAUCAGGGGAAGCCUAUCUGACCUUGGAUAUAUGCAAAGAAAGGGAUCACUUUAGACCCAGAUUCUGGAGAGACAAAGAGUGAAAUACACAGGAAACAAAAAAACAUUGCACUGAAGUUAUUUAAUCAAAAAUUGUUACUGUUUUUUUUGUAUAGCAUAGGUGCAAGAGAUUUAUUUCAUUUGACACACUCAAAUAUUUUGAUUGCUUUGGGGUACUGUAAAAUAUGUAUCUAUUAUACAUAAUUAUAUGUAUAUACAUCAGAAUGUUUAUACAACUCAAAUAUUGACCAGCCGUUCAAAUUGAUGUACUGCCAUCGAUUGAUAUUCGUAAAGACACCAUAGUUUCUCUGAUUGUGUGUUUUUGGGUUGGGGCAGAUUAAUGAAAUUGAAGCAAGCUUAACCUUUUUAAUUGCACAGCAUAUGAUAUGUGGUGCCAGUAUCUGAAAAUAAUGAGAAAAUGUGUGGCAAAAUGGCAAAAAAAGAAAAAACGGCAAAAAGUUAAAUCUGUUAAGAGCUAAGAAUCAUGUUUCUUUUCUUUAAAAAACAAAACAAAAACAAGCAGAAACAAAUCCGAACUUCCUUGUCCAUAACCUCUGGGUCACUUCUGAGUUGUGAAUUCUGAGUAGUGUAAAAAGCCAGGCUUACACUGAGAACAACGCGUGAGUUAAAGGGUGAUACUCAUCAUGGAUCAUUUACACUAACACCUAGGCAACAGUCUCCCCCCCCCCCCCUUCUCCGCCUGCGUUUUCCAGUGACUUUGUUGAGGAGAAGCAGUCCUUGGUGCCCGUGGCGGUCUCUCUCAACCUGUAGCUCGACAUUCCGCUAAGCUAGUAAGCUUGUGAGAGCUAAUUCACAGUUUCCGAUUACACACGCAUCCAUGUGACUUUCUCUGUCAGCUUCCUUCAUUUACCUAUACAGUGUGCCGUAGCCUACAUCGCGUUGCUGAGGCUUAAAAGGUGUACCGCUCAUAAUCUUAACUUUUUUUAUUUAAAGGGAGUCUUAUUAAAAUAACACAACAGGCUCCUUGCUUUCAGAUGAGACGGCAAACUCCAUAUCUGUAAUCGUUAUGAAUGUUAGAGGACAUUGACGUGUAACAAGAUCCAAAUAUUUGUAAUCGUUUUUUGUUUCGAGCAUCGAUGUUCCUAAAUGUGUUUUGGGCUCUCAAAUCAAGAAUAAAAUGUUUCAAAAUA